GUCGUGGGCGCCACCACCACCUCCCCCUUGUUUCCCUUCCUGCUUCCUCCCCACAUAUAUACUAUUUUCCCUCUCUUCUCCUCCCUUUCUUUCUCUCCCUCCCUCCCUUUCUUUUCCCUGUUCCCUCCUCCAUUCCUCUGGCCUGUAAUGAUUUCUGUGCCCCUGCUAUCACUAUCUGAGAAUCCAAAGGGAAGGUCGGAAAUCUUUUCAUAUAAUCUGCGAGCCAUUCCUCCUCUAUUCUCUCUUGCUGUUGGUGUCUUGUGGUGAUGGCGGCGCAGCCACGGCAGUUCCAGAUGGGUGGCGGCAGCGGCAAUGCCGGCGGCAGCGACACCACCUACACGAAGAUCUUCGUGGGAGGCCUCGCCUGGGAGACCCAGCGCGACACCAUGCACCGCUACUUCCAGCAGUUCGGCGAGAUCCUCGAGGCCGUCGUCAUCACCGAUAAGAACACCGGCCGUUCUAAGGGCUACGGUUUCGUGACUUUCAAGGAUCCUGAUUCGGCCAUGAGAGCAUGCCAGGAUCCAUCGCCGGUGAUCGACGGCAGGCGAGCUAAUUGCAACCUGGCAUCGCUCGGCGCUUCUCACCGGACCCGGCCACCAACCCCACGACGCGGGAUGGCAGGGAGGUUUAGACCUCUGGCUGGACCCAGCAUUGCUGCUUCUACGUAUCAUGGAUCAGCUGCCGCCACCUCUUACUUCCAUCAGCCUGCCCAAUAUGCCUACCCUUAUUCUGUUUAUGGAUACUCCGGAGGAUACUCACAAGACAGCAUGUAUCCAAUGAGCUACUACGGUUUAUAUGGUGGAAGUGGGGGGCAGCACCACCAGUUCUCUCCAUACUAUGCGGCUGCCGGGCCGGGGUUUUUCCAAAAUCUCUACCCCUACCAUGCCCAAUUUCCACAGGAUAUCCAGGCACAGACUGGCUACGGGCUGCACUAUCCACAGAUGCCGCAAUAUCCUUACUUGCCACAGCAUUACAGGGCUGGGGUCCUCUCCAUGCCUCCCUCCAUUGUGCCCACCACUGUGCUGGUUUGAUUCAACAGGGGCGACUGCCGCGGCAACUGUUGGUUCCAGCUCUUUGCAGCAGCAGCCCGGAAGCGCCUCGGCGCAGAAGCCAUCAUCUUAAUUCUUGCAUCUGAUGUUAGGAUUCAUGCAUUCUUCCAUCCAAAUUACUAACACUGUCGCAUUGAUAGGAAAAAGAAAAAGGAGGAAUCAUUUGUUUAGUCAUAUGAGGGGGGCGAAGGAAGAAUUGGGAUUUCCUUGCACUCCCCAUUCCUCUCUGAUUUCGAAGAUGAUAACCGAUUCAUCAGGUCAUUGUUCGAACGAGCGAUCGGGAUGCAUCGCUUGUGCUUCGCUGACUGACUGUCUUCACCUUCACCAUGGUCUGCUCUGUUCUUCACCAUCAUCAUCAUCAUACAUUAUUGCAUUGUUUUAUUGUAUGCAUCGACUGGAGGCUGGAACGAAAUAUUUAACUCUCUUUCCAGCCUCAAAAUUAGGCUGACAAUUUAGAGACAGCGAUCGGUGCAUGCGCGGCGCCGAUCUCUCAUCUUUAUCAUGCUACGAGCUCAUGGUUCAGGGAGACAAUUUUAAGUCUUGAAGCUGAUCCAUUGGAAGAUAGCAGCAGAGGCCGCCGGGAUGGCUCUGCUGGCUGACUUGUAAUAAUCUUCUUCUUUCUGUUGGCUGUUUCUGAUUGUUAUCAAUUUUUAUAAACUAAUGCAGGAUUACUUAGAUUAAUGGGAUUCAUGAUUCCUUCAA